CUCUUCCGCCUAUUCGGAUCGCAACGACCGAGACGACAGAGACGAGAGACGAGCCAACGACCUGCACCGGCACCCCUGCAACCCCCCAACGUCGACCGCAACCCGUAGAAUCCUAGGAUUUCCGCCACUCUACUCAGCAAUCCAUCCAGGGAAGGACAUUCUGGUAGUAAUUUUUCUUCUGUUGCCUCCAUCUAUGUUUGGAGGCCUUGUGAGUGCUAAUGCAAACAGUCCGCAUCUACGGAAGUCUGGAAGCCGAGUAGUUGUUUCUGACUUUGGUACUGUUGAGUUGGGAAGUAGUGCUGAAGAUUUUCUGCAUGCAACUGAGGUCAACGAAAUGAAGGGUGUGAACACACCAUUGGCCAGCACGGCAAUAUUGCCAUCUCCGGUCUUGCUUUGGAGAUUUAAGGUAGUUCUUUUUCUCAUGUGGGGGUUCGCUUGUUGUAAGAUUAGCUGGGAUUCAGUUAUGAGAAUGAGUGCAAACUUGAGGGAUUUGUUUUUAUACGAGGCUUUUCUGUAUUACAAUCCUCUACUACUUGUGACUAUGAUGGUUUGGUUUUGGGGUGUGAACUUAUGGGUCUUCAUGCAGUCUAGUGUUAACUAUGCUAAGAUUUUUGACCUCGACCAGAAUCAUCUCACUCACAGAGAAAUUUGGAGGUGUGCUACCUGGAUGACAAUAAUUGUCCCUACUAGCAUGACCGCGUAUCUAUAUCUUUAUUCACAUGGAGAAGUCUCUUUGGCUGCCUCCCAACCAGUCCUCUUAUAUGCUGUUCUUGCAAUGGCACUAAUAUCUCCCUUUGAUAUUUUUUAUUUAUCAACUCGUUUCUUUUUCCUGAGGACCUCUUGGAGGAUUGUAUUCCCACUACAGGCAAUUACUUUUCCGGACUUUUUUUUGGCCGAUAUAUUUACAUCCAUGUCAAAGGUCUUUUCAGAUUUGGAGCGUUCAGUUUGUCGAAUGGUUCAUCGCCAGGUAGCCACCAUUGCAUGGUUUGAAGCUGAUUCUGUUUGUGGGAGUCACUCUGUUGCAAUUCCUAUAGUUCUUGUGCUGCCAUAUUUUUUCCGACUCUUUCAAUGUCUUCGACAAUAUAAGGAUACUAGAGAGAAGAACACUCUACUUAAUGCAUUAAAGUAUUCAACUGCAGUACCUGUGAUAUUUCUAUCGGCCCUUAAGUAUCAUGUCUUCCCUGAAAACUGGGUUAACUUCUAUCGUCCUUUGUGGCUUCUCUCCAGCGUUUUGAACUCACUUUACUCAUUCUAUUGGGAUCUGAACAGAGACUGGGACCUCAGUUGCUUUACUCGAAUUUUCAAGUUCAACAAGCCUCAUUUCUUAUCAAACAUGUUAUAUGGACGGAAGUGGGUUUAUAUAUGGGUAAUUGGGAGCAACCUGAUACUUAGAUGCACAUGGACAUACAAGCUGUCUGCCCAUCUCCGCCACAAUUACAUAACAUUAUUCACAAUUACUGCCCUGGAGAUCUUCCGGCGCUUCCAGUGGGCCUUCUUCCGUGUGGAAAAUGAGUGGAAUAAAAUGACCAACAAAUCAAACAUUCAGCUAUCCAUCACUGAUCUGUCAAGCGAAGAAGAAAAGUUAGUCAACUCCAAUAAUCAUAAUGUAUAGGGCUGCUCCCCCUUUCUUCUUUAUAACUCCAAUAGUCAACGGAGUUAUAGACAUUCUAUUCUUUUUGCUCUUUUUCACAUUACAGAGUAUGAUCUUUUCCCAAUAGUAUAUAGAAUACCCUAGACGAUUAUGUUGUCUAGGUAUAGAUGAUGAGCUUCCCUUAAAAAACCAGAAAAAAAAUCAUAUUGUUAUUAAUGUGAACUUUUUUGCAGUUAAUUACUCUAUCAACUAAGAUUAGAUACCGG